AUGGAUAAUGAUUCGAAGAAUAAGCGUCUAGAGUGUAAGACUCCAAAUCCUUUAGAAAAAGAUGCUUCCAAGUUGUUUAUAACAACAAUUUUUUAUGAUUUUCAAUAUGAGCUUGAAAUUGGAUUUUUUAAUUGUGGUGUUGAGGAGAUGAAGAAGGACAAUGAGAUUAACAUUUUCAAAUUAAGGAAAGGAUCUAGGAGGAGGGAUUUUGAUGUUGUCUUUGAUCCAACUACCUUAGAUACCAAGUGUUUUUGUAAAAAAUUUGAACGUGAUGGUGUGCCUUGUAGGCAUAUGAUUUGGGUGUGGAAGGCAAGGAUGUUAGAAAAAAUUCCCAAGACUUACGUUUUAAAUAGAUGGUGUACAAUGGCUUAUACGAAGCCCAUUUUUUAUUUAGAGGGUAAUGUUUUAGAGGAAUGUCUUAAUGCAGUAGAUAAGAAGAUGCUAUUAAAUGAUUUGUGGUGUGAAAUUCAUGCUUGUGUGAGUUUAGUGCAAAACAAUGAAGAUGAUCUAAGUGAUCUUGUCAAAAAACUUCGAGCCAUGAGAAUAGAUUUGGAACAGAAGAAAACAACAAAUGGAAGCAACAAUUUUUGUAGCAAAGUUAAAGACAUUGAAAUGCUUAUUGGAGCUAGUUUACCUUCUGAAGUUUUGAUCAAAGCUCCUAAAAUUUCAAAAAACAAAGGUAUGAGGGUUCAUGUUCCAAAUCAGGUUAAUGUUCCAAAUGAUACCCAUGUUCCAAAUGAUACGCAUGUUCCAAAUAGUGACAAGAGAAUGAAGAGUGACAGAGAAAAAGCUGUUGAACAAAGUCAAAAGAAGAAAAGAUUAUGUAGAGCAUGUGGAGAGCUUGGUUAUCAUGAUAGUCGUAAUUGUCCAGGGAAAGUCAAGUGA